UCCCGCCUUUUGUCAACACUUUCACCGUGCGCCUGUGUUUUCAAAUGAUCGUACACAAAACAACAGAACGGCGCCGAAAUUGAUAACAAUUUUUGUAGGCAAUAAAAGAUUACAUUGAAAAACCGGUCAUUGAUAUCAGUUCGAUCAUCACCACGGUCUUCACGAAAAGAAGGAGAAAUAUCGAGAUGAUUUAACAUUGAGAAACAUUGAGAACAUUUUAAAUUGCUAAAUAGAUCACAAAUUAAUCCAACAGUUUUUCAUUUUGUUGAAUGCUUUCGAGAUCGAUUGAGCUAAAUAUGAAGCUCUGCAUGUGACGGGUAUCUGCGAAGCGGUUCGUCAAGAUUAGCUUUGCUUAUCCGCUAAAAAAUAAUCUUUUCGUACAAGGACAAAAUAAAAUCUGCACAAAAUACAUCGUGAUGUGCUAAAAAUGGUUAAUGUGAAAGUCCUAGAAAUAGACCAAUAAACUUUAUAAAUUUUGACUGGUCUCGAAGCCAUUUAGUGUACUGUAGGUGAGAGCAUUGCUCAGCUUAAAUUGUUUGUUUCAAAUUCUUCUUCAUUGUUCAAAUUAAAUUUAUCACAAGAUAAAAUGUCUGGAAAAGACAAUAAAGGAUCAAUUCGUUUUGAGAUUCAAAAUUUUUCUGGCUUGGCGAAGGCGACGGAGCACAAACCAGUGCAAAUUGGACACGUAGAAUGGAUUCUUGGAGCAUUCACAAGCACUUCCGACGCUACGAACAAUGCUAAACAUCUCGGAAUUCACCUGAAAUGCAACGAGGAACUGCGCAGCAACUUGUGGUCCUGCGAUGCGUCAAUUCGUUUUUCACUUCUGAGACUCAAUUCAAACGAGGAUGAUGACGCGUUUUCGAUGGAGUUUCAGCAAAAGUUCGACGACUUGAACAAGAUUGUGGUGGUCAACAAUUUUAAAAAUUGGGAGGAAGCCAUCUGCUACGAUAAUCGAUUUGUGCUCGAUAAGCAUGCCGUUCUUGAAGUCCAAAUUACUGUCAACAAGAUUGCCGGAAUUCAUGAGAGGAUUAUCGAGACUUUCGAUCAACCCAAGGAACAUCUUACCGAUGUUGUGCUGGUGCUUGAAGGAAAACAUGUCCAUGUUGGCAAGCAAGUGCUCGCAACGAGCUCGCAAUUCUUCCAAAAAAUGUUCUAUUCGAAUUUCGCCGAAAAGACACAGGCUGAGAUCAAAAUCGAUGAUGUGACCCACUCUGAGUUUAUCGAUUUGCUCAAUGUGAUCUACCCCACUCACAUGCUCAUUAAUAGUUCCAACGUGUCUCACUUGCUCAAGCUGAGCGAUAGAUUCGCGGUGCCAAGAGUUCUGGAAAAGGCUGAAACGUUUUUGAUUUUGGACCAAAAGACCCACUUGAUCGACAAGCUGAAGUUCGCCGAAGUCUACAGACUCUCAAGGCUUCAAAAUGCAUGCCUUUCGCAAUUGGAGACCAGCGAAGAUGUUACUGCGUUGAAGCAUCACGAAAAUUAUAAAUCUCUCGAUCAUAUAACCUACAAUGCGUUGCUUCAGAAGCUCAUUGAUCUUUUGGAAGAUUAGCUCCAAGCUUUGUUGAAUUUGUUGUUGAUAAAUUCUGUUGUUG